AUGCUCUCCCGAAGAAUUCAAUCAGGCGACUCUGGGAGACGGGAGUCCGAGCCGACGGCGGAUGGUCACGAUGCGGUGGCGGACGCGGCCGUUUUUGUUGCGGGCGCAUCGGCCGUGACGUCUAAAAGCCCAUCCGGACGUUUCUUGUGCCUGUUCUUGCACGAGUACCAUAUAAAAAGAACAAUAAUUCGAGCGUCGCAACGCCGGUUGGCGCGACCAAAACGAGAUAAGGCGCGCCUUUUGAGACGAACCCCGCUUACGCGUGACUCGGCUGUGGCUCAGUUUCAUGGCGCGAGAAGCCCCGAGGCGAAUCGAGCUCGACGUAUUGUCGAUAAUGCAGCGCCGCGAAAAUACUGGAAGAUGCGCUCCGCUGGCGAAUUCGGUGUCCUCGAGACGAGGCAUCGGGUUCAACGACCCGCCGUUCGUCUUGGGCCCGCAAAAAAUGCACUGCCCCAUCCCACGCCGAACGCAGUGCUCUCACACAGGCGCAAUUAUAUCGUUUAUGAACACACGCCGAGAGCGCGAAUACCAAUCGCCGCACGCGUAAUCGUAUGGCGCACCUCUCUCGCCUUCCGCGCUCCAGACAACAAU